GCUCUUUUGAACGAUAACAGUGUCGACGUCCCUCCUGCUCCUAUCCGGUGUUUUCUAUUAAACAAAUCUUGCAUCGUACAGGGAAAACCAGGCAGGACUGUGAUCUCCACAGCCUGGUUUCCUCUGCGCUCAACGACAGCAACUAGACCGGCGGUGGAGUCGGUGCGCUCUUGCAGAAGACAUCAACCCUCCUCAUCUCCCGGCUCAGUCUGCAGCCUGUGUUCGUCUCCAUCCUCUAGAUGCCUCCGAGGUUCAUCAACUGUUGGCUGUCAGCUGUAGAGACUGACACAAUGACAUCACUAUAGCUGUAUUUUGUUUUUAUUUUCGUUUGACGCACUGAUUUAGAAAAAUCCCAAGCCAGGAAAACCCAACAGACUCUCCCCAUCUGGAAGUUUGGAAGUGUGCGUCGCUCUGGAGGAAAGGAAGCGAUGGGAGUCCCAGUGAAAACAACGCUGACUCUCCUGGUUCUCGCCGUGGAAGCUGCCCUGUGUGCAGACGUAGAGGAGAGGCUGGUGAGUCACCUGUUGUCACCGGAGCGGUAUAACAAGCUGAUCAGGCCGGCUGUCAACAACAGCCAGCAGGUCACCAUUUACAUACAGGUGUCUCUGGCCCAGCUGAUCAACGUGAACGAAAGGGAGCAGAUCAUGACCACCAACUGUUGGUUAACCCAGGGAUGGAACGACUACAGAUUAAUGUGGGAUCCCAAGGAGUAUGAGGGAAUCAAGAAAAUUCGACUCCCGUCACAGCACAUCUGGCUGCCAGAUAUCGUCCUCUAUAACAACGCUGAUGGAACAUAUGAAGUUUCCUUCUACUCCAAUGCUUUAGUUUCCAACAAUGGAGAUGUCGACUGGCUCCCACCAGCUAUCUACAAGUCUGCCUGCAAAAUUGAAGUCCGGGAUUUCCCCUUUGACCAGCAGAACUGCACCCUCAAGUUUCGUUCCUGGACGUACGACCACACAGAGAUAGAUCUCAUCCUCCUCAGUGAUUAUGCCUCACGGGAUGACUUCAAACCCAGUGGUGAGUGGGAUAUUGUUUCCCUGCCAGGACGCAAGAAUGAAGACCCAAAUGAUAUCAGAUAUCUGGAUAUCACCUAUGACUUCAUCAUCAAGAGGAAACCUCUGUUCUACACCAUCAACUUGAUCAUUCCCUGCAUCCUCAUCACCUCCCUGGCUAUCCUGGUGUUCUACCUUCCAUCAGACUGUGGUGAGAAGAUGACUCUUUGCAUCUCCGUCCUCCUAGCCCUGACUGUGUUUUUAUUACUUAUCUCAAAGAUAGUGCCACCAACAUCUUUAGCAGUGCCUCUGAUUGGGAAGUACCUAAUGUUUUCAAUGGUGCUGGUCACCUUCUCCAUUGUCACAAGUGUUUGUGUGCUCAACGUCCACCAUCGUUCCCCAAGCACACACACCAUGCCACCUUGGGUCAAGCAGGUCUUUCUGCACCGGCUCCCUUCUUUCCUCUUCAUGAGGAGACCUGGUAGCUCUAAUAUCCGUGAGAAGUUCAGGAAAAAACAUCAGAAGCAAAAGUACUCAGAUCAGAGGUCAUGUGGAGCAGAGGGUGGGACGGGAAUCUCUGCAGGAGUGGCAGAUUCUUCAUCGUCCUUCUUUGUCAAUGAAGAGUCAGCCAAGCGCUACGGCUGGAGAAUCAGAGAUUCAUCGGAGAACACCGAUAUCAGGAGGAGGAUGACGCUCAAAAGCAAUAUCGAUGUGGAGGAUGCAGUGGAUGGAGUACGCUACAUUGCUGAGAAAAUGAAGAGUGAAGAUGAUGAUGAGGGGAUCAUUGAAGACUGGAAAUAUGUGGCAAUGGUGAUUGACCGCCUCUUCCUGUGGAUUUUUGUAUGCGUGUGCGUGGUCGGCACCGCAGGACUUUUCAUGCAGCCCCUUUUCCAGAGUUACAACACCCCAGUAGUUGAAGACACAGAGCAUAAAUGAGACCUAAAACUCAACCAUUGAAUUUUAACACAACUCUAAAGUUAAAUUUAUUUUCCUUGAAAUAAACAAAUCUCCGAUAGGACGUUUGACACAUGAAUCUUGCACGACCGUAACUUUUGAAACCAUUGACAUAAACCUUAUCCCUCCUUCACCAACUGCUGACCUUCGAUCGUCUGAUUUUAUCACCCUCUACACCCCCUAUGAUAACGUGUUCAUAUCAGUUAAUUUCUAAUCAUAAUGUUGGCUAAAUUGUUUGUUAAAAUACAGAAUGUAAAGUACAAAGAGAAAGUAUUAAUACUUCUUGAACCUUUUUAUAUUUCAGCACACUAGAACUACAAACUUUAAUGUAUUACAUUGGGAUUUUAUGCGAUAGACCAGUUGUGUUCAAAGUCAGUCGUGAAUGGCCGGUGUUUUAGAUGUUUCCCUGGUUCAACACAACUAAAUACAUCAAUCCAUUUUCUAUACUCGCUUCUUCCAUAUAGGAUCAUGGAGGAGCUGGUGCCUAUCUCCAGCGUUGCAAGGGAACAGUGCUACCAACUGCACCACCAUGCAGCCCACAGCAGAAUCAUAGCUGGUAAUUUGCUUGCUCCUGCAGAACUUGACGGUAUGCUGAAGUCAAGUCAAGUUUAUUUUUAUAGCACUUUUCAGCAACAAGGCACUCAAAGCGCUGUACAUGAGACAUUACAAUGAUACAGAAAAUCAAACACAAAAAAACAAAUCAAAUGA